CCCACGUGUCUGCUGUCCAAUCACGUGUCAACACUCUGUGGAAAGCAUUUGAACCUGAACGCGCCUUCCUCUCUCCACCGGUUAGCCCGUGUGCUACUGUUAGCUCCCGUUAGCUCCCGUCCACCACCAGCAACACAGCGUGUGUUUAUGUUACAUCCAACAUGGACGCGGUCUUUAGAGGAGGACUCCAUGAAAACAGCCUUCUAUUCAAAAGGUCGCUGGACAGAAUCGUGGACAAGUAUUCAAAGCUUCAGCACCUGGACGGGGGUCUGGAGAUCGACUUCGCAAAUACUCAACCCCGAACACUUGCACGCUACAUGAAGCUGUCAAGUCAAGAGCUGAGCCAUCUGGAAUCAAAGAGCCUGACAGAUCUGAGCGAUACGAGAGCAGAAGACAUUACAGGAAACUCUCAGCUGGAGUUCACGUUACAAGAUGAUGGAGCUGAUGAUAGUAGUGCAUCCUCCAGCAGCCAAUAUUCCAAGGAUGAUGAUGGGAUGGCACAAAGUAACAUGACUGAGCUGACUGUUGGCUCAUUGGAUGAGAGUGAGGGAAACUUUUCUGAAAUGGAGCUCCAGCCUGAGGACCAAGAUGAGGAACUGGAAAUGAGUCUGAGGCGUCAGGGCAGCUCUUUCGUGGAGCUCUACCCCAGCAUGAUCAGUCGAAUAGAAACGGCCCGGCAACGGCAAAAUCUCUCCAAUGCCGCUGACUCUGUACUGAGGAGGUACCACAGGUGGCGACAGCAGUCGAGGGAAGGCAGUCACAACAACACUCUGAGGCACAGCAACCCAGGAAAGAUGACCAGCGGGAUGCAGCACAGGGAGACCUCUUACAGCCCAGAAAGAAGGCAGUUCAUGACGAUUCAAUCUGCCCCUCGCUCUCCUUUGCAGUUCUCAACCAGUCGGCUGGCUUGGCAAGCAGAUCAGCCAUCUCCUGGAAGGGAGAGAGGACCGCACCACUCUGUCUGCGCGAUGGACCUCUCUAGACACUUUAAGACCUCUAAACCGAAAGAGGUCUCACUGAAUCAGACAUACUCUAUGUCUGAACAGCUUGGAGAAAAGCCUUGCACUUAUGCUGGCAGUCCUUCACGGCCUCGCUAUCCAACUGCAAACUCAUCCUUGGACCUGUCCCUAAGGUCUAAAAGGCAUUCUCUCUCUGCACGCUCAGAGCAGGCUCCUGGGUGCUCCACGUACGCAUCAGAAGUCUCUUUUGCAGAAAGAUCUGAUAUCUACAGCUCCCCAGUCAGGCAGAGUCCCUUAAAACCUCGGAUGAUAAACAGCCUCAGUAGAUCCCCUUACGCCUUCUCUAGGAGCCCCAGAGAUAAUUCCGAGGAAAGCUUUUCCCGAGAGCCCAUGAGGCGCAGAUUGAUGUCUCCUUCUCUGUCCUCCCCUCCACAGAAGCCUAUAGUGCCACAGAGGAUGCCUUACCCUCAAGACUCCCGUCCCUCCCUCCAGCCACAGCUGCAUUCACCUCAGUCAGCCACAGCAGGUCGUCCCAGGCUUCGGCGCCAUCACUCCUUUGACUCCUCCCUGCCAUCCAUCGGUGUUUCCUACUCCAAGAAGGAGAUUGACGAGGAAUUCUUGAGACUCUACCACAAGUUUGUCUGCCUGAACAAAUCAUCUUUCUUUAACAGCCAUCCCUGCCGUAUCUGCGCAAGGUGCCCUGAGGCCAGCAGAGCAAACUCUUCCUCAGCGUUGGCAGCUCUGGCCUUGUCACCGCACCGCUCCAUACUGAGGAAACGCAACAGGGAGUUGGGCUGGGGCGAUCAUCCCCUGUCCAAGCGCUCUAGGGAAGAGUGCUACACAUCCUCCCCAGGGUCCCAACGCCAUGGGAAUGAAAUGCUGAGGCGUCGUCUCUCCGGAUCUGAGGUGUGUCGUGAUGACCUCUUCUACAGCUCAAGCAAACCCAGCACGCAGCAGCCCACAGCAGACGCUCAUCAGGAAGCCGGGAUGAGACAGAGACGGCCUGUAUCUGCAGCGGAGUUUUCUGGUCUCUGUGGUUCUCCUGAGAGCAGCAUGGCAAAUGGCUCCUCCCCCAGGAAAUGGAGGACACGGAUCACACCUGCUCUGUAAAAUCCUGCCCAUACAGGUUCAAGAGUGGAAAACCAUUCAGUUUGUCACAUAACAAAUAUCAAAGUAUUAUGAUUGUCUAGUAGUGCAAGGUUUCCAGUACAAAUAUUGUUUAACUUUAGUUUCAAAGAUAAACAGUGGGUUACACUGGAUGUGUAUUUCUCAGCUGGCGCAGUCUGAGCUAAAGAAGUUGUUAAGCUCUUAUUCCACUAUUGACACAUAACAGUGGUUGUUAUGAAGCUAUUUUCCAUCUCAGUUUUGGUUUCUAUAUUUUUUUGAAUGCUGUUAAAACUGAAUUUGAGUGAAAGGUUCACAUAUGUUGUCAUUACAUUUUAGAGUUUGUUCUGUGGUGUUUCACUGAAGGUAAAGCAGCAUUCUGUUCAUUAUUAAUAAAUGUGUAAAUGCUGUUUCUGGUAUUAAAAACACAAAUGGUGCGUUCUCA